CAACACUAGGAGCUGACAGUAGGAGAGAAAAGCCACUUGCGUACACCGUCCCCGAUCUCAGUGAGCGGUGGCGGAAAACGUCCGGAUGGAUCAGAAAGAAAACUAGAGCAACCAUCAGAGACACGAGCUCACUCACGGCUUGGCAGGGAGGCAAGAGCUCGAGCAAGGAGGUACACGAGCUCCACUCAGAAAAGACAAAAGCGUUUUAUUCAGGAGCACAACCUGAGCUCGUCUCAUCCACAACUUUAGGCCUACUGUUCCAGAAUCCCUUCUCCUCGCCCGCCUCUGUUGCUUGAGCUUCAAACAUGUGAGUGAACCGAACGACCUAGGUGCAGUAUCUGAGCAUCUUUUGUACAAUCCUCUAUGCCUCAUAGUUGAACCUUGGAGUUGCAUGUGGCGGAGUUCAUGGAGAGCAAGCUGGUGACAGAACCAGAGCUGGUUAGUUCCAAUCGAAGGAACUAACUACGAACAAAGUGGUCUCAAUGACGAUCGAGAAUACGAGAGCAGGUCAGAAAGCAGUGGAGAAGGUGUUUGCUAUGCAACAGGGUUCUGGCGAGGACAGCUAUGCCAGGAAUUCUCAGCCACAACAAUUUCUCAUGGAGAACAUAAUAGCGCCUGAACUGCUCGCAGCUCUUGACAACAUGACUCUCACCCACAGUGGAAAACCGAUCGUUGUGGCUGAUUUGGGGUGUUCUAGCGGACUGAACACAAUCAACAACAUGAACCUUAUACUCAACCGCCUGAAAGAGAGAUUUGUAACAUCUGCAGAAGUUGCUUCCGACUCCACUUCCACCGUCUUGCCAGAUUUCCAAGUAUUUUUCAACGACCUUCCAUCGAAUGACUUCAACUACCUGUUUCAACUCCUGAACGAGCACAGGCAUUCGCUGGACUACUUCGCAGCGGGUGUUCCUGGAUCAUUCUAUGGCCGGCUAUUCCCACGCUCGUCUGUAAAUGUCUUCUUCAGCUCGCUGUGCCUCCAUUGGAUGUCGAAGAUUCCCGACGACGUACUUGACAAGAACUCCCCGGCUUUCAAUAAGGGCGACAUGUGGAUGAUACGUGGACGGUCUGAGGUGGGAGCUGCGUUCAAGAAGCAAGCGGAUCUGGACCUGAAGCUCUUCCUCAGCGCUCGAGCUGAGGAGAUGGUACCCGGAGGACUGCUCUUCAUGUUUUUCAAUGGAAGAGGAGACUCUGAUCCGGCGAGGCAAUGGCCGAUCUCGUCCUACUCGUACGAAGUGUGGAAGUGCAUGAACGAAAGUUGGGAUAGCAUGGUCUCGCAGGGACACAUGACAGAGGAGCACAGAGACGCGUACAAUGUUCCGCUUUACUUUAGGUCGUUACAGGAGGUACGUGAAGCAAUAUCGAGCUGCGGGUCCGCGUUUCGGAUCGAGAAAGUGAUGAGGCGAGACACGGGCGGUGCGAAGGUGUCGGAUCUCUUCCCCAACAUUCCGCCGUCCGAGCUGCGCAAGAAGACGACGUUGUUCAUGAAGAGCAUGCACAGUCCGCUCGUGGAAGCGCACAUCGGCAAGGAGCUUGCGACUAUAUAUUGGCAGAAUUUCGAACUCAGAAUGCUGGAGAACAAAAUCGACGAAUUGAUUCUAACCAUGGAAAAGGACCCGCAUUACAAACAAAACAGUGACAUAAACAUGGUCAUCUUGAUCCGCUCGUAGCACUCCACGUGGCACGAGAGAUUUCCCGAAUCCGCAGAGCAUGUCAGUGAUUCGUAUCCCAAUCUACUCUUUACCGGAUCUGAGCUACCAGUAGAGCGGAGAAUAUGGGUUUCUCCCAAUCAAUCUCCAUCGGAACUUCAUGGAACUCAUGAGAACACGAUUCUCGCUGGUCAAAGAUUAUCAGCCUGUACUUUUCCUGCAGCACGUGGAGCGACCACAUACGUGCAAGGCAACCACACAGAAGAUGUCCUCAUGAACGGGUCACGUGGCGAGGGGAGAUUCAUACAUAGCAGUGGUGUAAAGUGACGUACACUGGGUACAGAAGAUCAUGAACCUGGUAUGAAUGAUUCAGGUGUAGGCAGUGUAGAGAUUAGGUUCUGAAGUUCUGUACUGUUGGACCAAGGAUAGAUUCAGCAGUGUUGUAAUAAAUUUUGCAGACUUACAUUUUCCGACUGACCAGGCCGUCAAUGAAGAGCAUAUGAGACGUGUGCUUCGUCAUGUGCCAUUGUUGAGAAUGAGCUUUCCAAAGAUUGUUGAGGCGUUUUGACCUUACAUGUAUAUUUAUGCUAUCAACUUGGCCCCCUUUAUUCUAAUCCC